AUGUCCACCAACGGCACUACACCAUCGCUGCCAAGGACCCAGGCCGAAUGGCGCAAGGCAUUGGACGAGCUCCCCUCAACGCCUGACAACAUUCCGGCAUUCUUUUUCGGACAUGGCUCCCCCAUGCUGGCGUUCCCUGAGGCGGAUGCACGAGGGGACGCUGUAAUGGAGCAUAUGGGACCGAAAGGCCCCCUGGCCACGUUCCUGCGGGACUUCGGGCCCGCGCUGCUCAAGAAGUACCAGCCCAAGGGCAUCGUUGUCUUUAGCGCUCACUGGGAGACAGCGGGGGAGCGUGUCGUCACUGAUUAUGGCGACUCGAAUCCCCUGCUGUACGACUAUUAUGGCUUCCAGCCUGCCUUGUAUGAGCUCAGGUUCGACUCUCGUGGCGACAACGCUCUCGCGCAGCGCGUCGUGCAACUAUACAAGGAGGCUGGCCAGCUGGUUCGCACCACCUCUAAAUCGGAGGCACGAGGCGAGGACGGCCGCGGAUUCGCCGGUCCUGGGCUUGACCAUGGCGUCUUCGUGCCCUUCAGGCUGAUGUUUGGGGAGACUUUCCGCGAUGUGCCUAUCGCACAGGUAUCGAUCGACUCGAGCCUGAGCGCAGAGAAGAACUGGGCAGUAGGCAAGGCGGUUGAAGCACUGAGACGUGAGGGCAUUCUCGUCAUAUCGGGUGGUCUGCUGGUCCAUAAUUUGCGUGACUUCUCGUCGUUUGCGGAAAAGACGGCAGGAGGGCAGGUGAAAGAAUUCGACCGAGCCAUUCUCGAUGCUGUCACGGUGCCCGAUGCCACUGCACGGAAGGAGGCGAUGGUCAAGCUGCCGCAACACCCGGGCUUCCGCGCCGCACAUCCUCGUGCUGAGCACUUCGUUCCGCUGUACGUUGCGGCGGGCGCUGGAGGAGAAGGAAGCGCUCGGGUGUUGGCCGCCAUAUUCGGGGCUCCCACCGUUGCGUUCGGGCUGUAA